AGUGUUUUUGUGUCCGUCGCGAUGGUGAUAUGUAUUUGGAAUCGUUGUCGAAUGAAGUGAGCUUUUGUGUCUUGAAAAAAAAAGCCCCAGAAAAUUCUGAUAUGUGAUAGAGAGUGUGCCUAAGAAAAUAAAAUAGUGGACUAGCAGCACCUCCUAAGUAGGGGGGCCAUUACAGGAAAUAGUCUUUGUUAAAGAAAUCAGAGUUUAAAGAAUAAAAAUCCCAUGGUGUAUCGAUGAAAAUGUGAAUUGAAAGUGUGGAGAGAGAGGACUGAGACGAUGGAAAAGACAGUGAAUAGUAUGAGAAUGUUGUGCAAAAGACACAAAAGAAGUGAAAUUAAAUCAAUAAUUACCGUGUGCAUUCUAUCUGUGAUUCUCCAAUGUGUUCGAGGGCAGGAUGUUGAGCUCCUCAAUGAAAUAGACGGGUAUACACUCGAACCACCAUCCACAGAACAUCAUCCGCAGUCGCUGGAUCAUGUCCAAGAGACAAGUGAGUUCAUCGAACUUCCUGGCGGCUCCGUGACCGCCGAGAAGAUUCUCCAUCGUGCCGAGAAGCCAUACCUCCUGUUGGCCGACCUCGACGUUGAGACUUCGGGGCGUCUAGUGAUCGAACCAGGCGUCUCCUUGCAUUUUGCACCCUCAGUAGGAAUCACGGUGCGAGGGGUUAUUCAAGCUGUGGGAAGUGCCAGUAAUAGAAUUGUCUUCUCACCACGACCCACCUAUCAUGACACCCAAUACGAUGAGGGAACCUUUGUUACACCAGAAGAUCUCGGGGCACGUCUCGUGGACGGCCCAACACCACUCGAAGGACGCCUUCAAAUAUUUCACAAAGGAAAAUGGAGAUCUGUUUGCACGAAUUCAAGAAAUUGGACAAUUCCAAACUACGAAGUCGUCUGUCGUCAGAUGGGCUUCAAAGGCGGUCGUUUCUGGAAUUGGAUGGACAGAAUCCAGAACUAUCAGCCAAGACUGCUUCUAGAAGAACCUGAGUGCCAAGGAAGUGAAGACUCCCUCUUCAAAUGCUCCUGGGAUCGGCGUCAGUUGGGUUCAGGUGUCUGUGACUAUCACAGUGACAUUGGUAUCCAAUGUCUUCCACUCCACGCUGCGGAAUCGCACUAUUGGCGAGGGAUACGUUUUGAAUUUGCCCUAUCUGAACCGCAAACAGCCAAUAACGCGGUCUUCGAAUCCCUGUCACAUUCUGAGCUCAAAUAUGUGGACAUCAAGAGAGCAGGAUAUGGCCCUAGAGGUUCAACAACAUCUGCCAUUGAGGUUCUGGGCAAUCCUCCUGUAUUACACCAUGUUACUGUGGAUCAUUCAGCUUUUACUGGAAUCAAUGUAACACGAUCAGAUGCUGCAUUUACAUUUCGGGAUGUUGUUGUACGCCGAAGCCGAGGUAUUGGGAUUUUUGUUAACUCAAGCUACGGCCUGGCUCAUCUCGAAGGGUGUACAGUGAGUAGCAGUGGAGCUGAUGGAGUAAAAUAUGAAGGACACGAUUGGAGGUUCAAUGAACGUCCCAGUCAAUUGAGGAUCUACGAAUUGUGUUCUCUGCCAACAACAGCUGGACAAAUCUACCCAAUAUGGCUCUCUGUAGACCAAUCUCAAUUUUCAGCUGUGCCCAAAGAAUGCGGGAAGUACUUCUUCACGCGACCAGGAUUCGUGUUAACUGUCUCCUUUCAGCAAUUUGUCUUGACCACAAAUGAAACAGCCCAGAUAGAAGUUUUUGAUGGAGCUUCUCCUAAUGAUAGACUUCUGGGAAUGUGGUCUGUGCGCAAUUACACUCGACCUCAGAGUCUCACGAGUACGCGGGAGAAGAUCUACGUGAGAUUCCGGGCACAACCAAGAGCUGAAAUGGUGGGAUACCUUCGAUUGACGGCAGGCCAGAGCAAAACAUACGAUCUCAAUGUCACAAAGAGUCGUAUCGAGGACAAUGGUGGAUCUGGUGUUGCUGUGGGAAAUCUCAGGUCUCAAGUACACAUCCACACGACGAUGAUCAACAACAAUGGACAUGCUGCAGGGCUCAAUGUGGUCAAUGGAGCGGGUGAUGUUAAUGUGACUGAGAGCAGAAUUGGCUUCAAUCAGGGUAGUGGCAUCAACAUCACGUACUUCGGAGGGAACAGAAAUAUUUCCCGAACAUAUCUCACGGGAAAUCGUGAAUAUGGCUUAGCUGUGUGGCUCAAUCAAACAGCCAAAGACAGAGAAGAAUUUUAUCCCUUCAAUCAAACCACCGCAGUUCAGUAUUCAGAGAUCUUCCGGAAUAUCGAGAGUGGUAUCUACCAUGGGAAUUAUUCUGGUGAAUCUUGGGUAAAUAUCACGGGAAAUUGGUUCAAUGACAGCCUCUCCAACUCCGUGGAAAUUCAAACAUGCUGGUUCCCAGAUCAAAAUGGCAAAAAGCUCAAUCUACAAAUUGGUCAGAAUAUUUUCGAACAUGACAAUCGAAUAGGCUUACUUAUAAGUCCAGCACUAAAUCUCAAUGCUAGAAUUGAGUUUAAUGAAUUCCGGAAGGGUACUUUUGGGGCCUUGUUGAUUAGGAAUCGACCUCUAGAGGAGUUUCGACAACUUCCAGCACGGAUCAUCGUCCAACACAAUCAAUUUUACAAAAAUCGAGGCAUUUACGUAGCUUCACUUGGGCUCUCUCCCUACACAACCAGACGAAUACAAUCAAUCCUAUUUACGAGAAAUUUUAUCAGAGAAAAUAAAAUCCAAGAGGCUUUUGGUCCUGUGGAAGAUGAAGGAGUUGAAGGAGAAGCUGGAGUUGGACGACUUAAUCCACGGUCACGAGUAGCCGCUCCGGUUGUGAUCUCUUCAAGUAAUGUUGACAUCUUUAGAAAUAUCUUCUUCAAUCCAGAUUCAAAGUACGAAGUUGGGUCACAACUAUCUGAUCAAAGUGAAGUUCUCAAUGUCACCUUCAACUACUUAGGACAUACGGACGAAGCUAGGAUUUUUGCGAAACUCUUCCACAGAUACGAUAGGUAUGACCUGGCUAAAAUUAAUUACUUCCCGUACUUGCUACAUCCAUCAAAUCCUGGAACCAAUAAGAUCUCUUCCAAUCCAACUUUUGUGCCGUCAUUCCAUUCUGAAACUUUCGAUAAAGUAGGCGGCGAGAUUGAUGGGCAGAUCACUCUUACCAGUGGAACUUACACUGUAGAAAAGGAUAUCAAUGUUCGUCCAGGUGGAAAAUUAGUUAUUCAUUCAGGUGUUACCUUGAACUUUGUUCCCAAUGUUGGACUUAUGGUUGCUGGAAAACUCGAAGCAAGAGGUCGCAACCCAGAUGACAUCACCUUUACACUGAAACGCGAACCUAUUGCAACCGCAGAUAAUGAGACAAAUGAAGCUUUUACGAUGGAGGCCGAAAUGAUGGAUUCAGAAACUGAGCCCAAUGUUGAAACGACACCUACAGUUCCUGUUCGGUUGUUGGGAGGUGUUGAUGAGCACGAAGGUCGGCUGCAAGUUUACGUGGAUGGUAGGUGGGGAACAGUCUGUGAUUACGGAUGGAAUAUCAUAAAUUCAGCUUUAGUUUGUCAUCAAUUGGGAUUAGCGCUAAAUCCCUAUGACUGGCGGCUUCAAAGAUCGGAAGUCCCUGGAGCUGGAACGACUGAAGAUAUCGUUCUGUCCCAUGUCCGAUGUACAGAGCAUGAUAUCGAUAUAACACAAUGCAGGUCUGAGAGAGCAGAUCGAGGGGAAUUUGAGAAUUCCUGCACACACGAAUACGAUGUCGGAAUUCGGUGCUAUGAAGGAGCUUGGGCAGGAGUGAGAUUUGGCGUGUUGGCUGAAAGGGUAGAUCUACAAUACGUAACCAUUGAAAAAGCUGGAGUCUUCGAUUACUCCACCAAUACCUUCAAGCCAGCCCUUCAAAUGGACUUUGCACGACACAAUCUUGAGAAUGUGCGUAUAGUUAACAAUCUUCAUGAUGGCUUGGGUGUCGUAUAUUCGGAUAUCUUUGGCGGAGAUGGCAUCAAUAACGUCAAAAACAGUGAAUUUGCCAACAAUCGUGGAAAUGGAAUCAGUUUGAAGCAAUUAGGACUGAGAGUGCAAUCAUCCAUUAUUCGAGACAAUUCUGCAUCAGGAAUUACUCAUGAUCCCGUCCUUUCGGCCGUUGAACAGAGAGAAAUUGCCGGAUGGUUUCAUAUCCCGACAGAUAGAAAUGUUGAACCAGAUUACAACGCUGAAGAGUCCAACUAUCGGCCUUUUAUGCUUCCUGAUCACAAUGAAUCUAUAGAUCUUGAAACUUGGCAGAUCUAUCAUAUCGUAACGGCCAAACAUAUAGGGGACCCCGUAGAAAGGACCUUCAAUAUUCGUUGUCAUCCUGGAUAUGUCAUUGGAAUUCAAUUACUAAAUCCAGUUCAAAAUCAUUCUACGGAAGACAUUUGGUUCCAUGAUGCUCAAACACCUAAUCACAGAUCGGACAUUUGGCAAGUGUCCAGGGAUCUUUCAGUAUUCCCAGUUACUAGUAGUUCCUACGGAAUUAUUCUUCAUUACCGAAGUGGUGAGCUAGGUCUUGGAGGAGUUGUUAUAACACUGUCUACAAUUCCGGCUCCUGUUCAAAACAUCCGCAACAGAAUUGUAAGGGGUCCUGUUCCAACACUUUAUGUUUCCCGAACGAAAAUCCAGAGAAAUCUUCGAGGACUCUCUGCAACGUAUUACAAUAGAUAUCUGGGAGAAAAAGGGGAACACUAUCUUCGCAAAGCUAACGAAUCCAUGAAGAUAGUCAAAUCGGAAAUUAGUCAUAAUCGAGAAGAAGCAGUUUUCAUUCAUGCUCCUUUCUGGGAUGUUCAUGAAAGUAAUAUUUCCGAAAUAACCAUUCAUAUCAAUAGUUCCAUGAUCAUUGACAAUGGAAGAGGUAUUAGGCAGUUCUCAAAGGAUUUAAGAUCUUCAAACAAUCUCUUCCACUACGUUCUUCAGGAUACAACAGUUGAGAGAAAUUCACUGGGAGGAAUGGAAUUGAGUCUACCGUUUGUAUGGCAGUACAAUGAAAAUUUUACACAUUCUGUGUACCUGGGUAACGGAACCUGGACUAAGAAUCGCAACUUUGGCAUUAGCAUUGCUGGUCAUUAUGCAGAAGUUAACAUAACAGGCAAUACCUUUGCGGAAAAUACUUGCCUUCCUGGAUUGAUAGGUUUCCGGGGGAUGGAGAAGAAACUAAAGAUCGACAACAACAGAAUUAUAGACAACAACGGGAAGUUCAUGGUGGAAUUCAAAGCGGACAGUCAAAGUGAGAUCCUUGGAACAGUCCAUGCAGUUUUUGUCUAUAACGACAUCCGGAAUAAUCGUUUUGAAGCACCUGGACUAACGAGAGGUCUCUCAAUGGCUCUGAAAGGACGACAACAACGUCGAUCGGAUCCGACAACCGUUAUCGGUUUUGGCGGAAUCCAAAAAGUCAUGAUUCGAAGGAAUUUGAUAACAGGAAAUCGUAUGGAUUAUGAUCUCGUAGCUGGAGUUAUUUCUGCCAGACUCAGCAAUUUCCUAGAUGCCACAGAAAAUUGGUGGGGAUCAAUUGAAGUGGAUCACAUUUAUACUCGAAUUUUCGAUUUUGAUGACUGGAAUAACCAUGCAGAGGUGAUCUUCAGACCUUUCCUCUUGGAAGAUAAUGUUGAUGCUAGUAUGUCAGUAUCAUUCGACGAACGCAAAUCAGUUGAUCUUGACAAUUUGGGUGGAAGAAUCUUCGAAGAUCUUUCGCUAUUCCGUCGUGAAGUGCCUUACGUGAUCAAGAGUGAUAUCACAGUGAUGCCCGGAGUUACCCUUUCAAUAGGAACUGGCGUUGAGAUGGAAUUUGCUCCCAAUGUGGGGAUUCUGGUUUUAGGAACUCUACAAGCAAUGGGUAGCAGCAAUGGUGAGAUUAUAAUGAGACCGAUAGCUAGGCAAACAGCAGAACUAAAUCGUGUGGAGAGAUCACUUGAAAACCUCGUAGUUCAUGAUUCAAUUCGUCUCUGUACGAAUCGCAAUUGUUCCUACGAGGACAAUGAGAUUGAUCCGACGCAUCAAGGUUUCCUCGAAUACUUCAAUCAUACCACACUCCAAUGGGUACCAAUCUGCGAUCGACGUUUUACAGAGAGAAAUGCUCAGGUGGUUUGCAGAGAACUCGGUUUUGAUCCUCUGAAUGUCUUCUUUGCCCAUGACAGACGCAUUGAAUUCCACACAAAUUCCCUGACCAGAAUUUGGUCAUGGGUUGAGCCACUUGAGUGCGAAGGUGAUGAAAAUCGAAUGGAAGAAUGUCCUGAACGACUCAAUGGGCAACUCUACGGACGUAGGCAUGAGUGUCAGUGGGAUUCUGAAUUUGUUUUUGUCAGUUGCCAAGGUGAUCCCGAUAAGAAAGACUACUGGGGUGGAAUUAGAUUUGCAAAUCCCGAUUUUGAGAGUGAUCUCUUUGAGCAUAGACUGCAUGAUUCAAGGAUCAAUGGCAGGCCAAGUGAGAGUACCUUGGAACAAGUUCGAAUUGAGAGUGCAGGAAUUCUUCAUGGAGAAAAAUCUCCAGCAAUUCAAUCUAUCUUCAAGAAUCCCAGAAUUUCAUCAGUAACAGUGAAAAAUUCAGCACAUCAUGCUUUGAACUUGAUCUCACCAACUGCAAGUGUUCAUGUGCAGUUCCUGCGAGUCUUUGGAACGCUGGGACAAGGGAUCAAUGCGAUCUCUUUGACGGGAGAAGGCAGAGAAAGUGAUGAAUCGAGCUUUACACCACUAAGAUCACUUGAUCUUCCUUAUUCUCUCUUCUCGUUGAUUGACAUCUGCGAUACUGAGAAAGAAAUCACAAUUGAAGAAAGAGUAAUCGUGUACUACAAGUACGACAACAAUCCUGUUAAUUGUGUAAAGAUCUUCAAUAGUGCUUAUCGAGUUAAACCAUUGGGAUUCCGACUGCUUCAAUCUAAUCUCUUCAAUCAUUCCCGGGAAUAUGGCAGGAGAGAUGGUAUUCAUCUGUUCGAUGGGGAUAUUUACAAUGUAACAGCUCGAAAGAUUGGAGUGAUAGAGGCAGAUUCUGGAAAUGACAAGUAUCUCUUCCGAACAACAAUGCCUUCGCUAAGUGUUCGUCUUGUUGCCAGUGGAGCUCCUGCUGAUCAUGGAUUCUUCGCAGAAAUUGUUACUCUUCCAAUCUCAGCCAUUGGCUUCAAUCGAGAUUCCCAGCACAAUAUUUCCAAUUCAGAGAUUUCUGGAGCGAUCCGAGGAGCUGUUUCUUACUCCACAGCUGGAGAAGUAUCUCCAACACUUACCCUUGAACACAAUCGUUUCAUGAGAAAUUGUAUACAAUUGUAUGGAAAUUUCUCGACAUGUGAAUCAACAAUAAGACUCGAUGUGCAAAAUAUGCAAUCCUUGUUCUUCCGGAAUAACCUGGUACAAUGGAAUCAAGGAGGUCUCUCAAUAAGAUCCGACUCACGAGGAUCAGCUACAUCCCUUCGUGGAUGGGUGCAUCACAAUCUCUUCACAGGGAACCGGAAUCGUCCAUCACUGUGCGUGGAGGGUCGACAAUCAUCUCCAUAUCAGGAAAUUACCGUCUUUAAAAAUUACUUCACUCAAAAUUUAGCUGCUUAUGAAGAUGUGAUUGCUCUGAAGCAAGUUGUCUCCAACUUCUCCAAUAACUACGUUCAUAGAAAUCGCGGUGGAAGAAUUGUGGAAAUUUCAGGCUUUGACAAAGUUCGUCUGCCAAUUUACCAAACCACGGCUCACAAUGGAUUCUAUCACAAUGUGGCCACUGAUUGGCGUGGGAGAGCAACAAUUGUGGCUGGAACAGCUGGACAAAAUUAUGUGGACAACAUUUUCUACAAUCCCGACAAUGAUUACGAAAUGAUCACAGUCAAUCGAUCAAUAUUCGACUUUCAAUUUUGGAACAGUACUCUGGAUGUGUGGAAGACAAAAAUCGAUGCUAGGCACAAUUAUUGGAAUUACAACACAACACUCGCAGUCAGUGGGAGGAUUAGGGAUCGGGCAGACGAUCCAAUCCUCCUUGAAGUGCAAUUUCUGCCAUUCUACAUGAACAACGAGACGAUCCUCGAUGGAAAGUGUCCUCCAGGAUGGACCCUUAUUGUUGACACUUGUUACAUCUUUGUUGGUGCUCCCAUGACUUUCUAUGAGGCCAGAGACUUCUGCAGAUCCGACAAUGCUUCAAUGCCCUUCAUCCGUGGAGAUACAUCGCCUCUCUGGCACUUCCUGUCCAGACAAAUGAUGCACUUUAGCAGGGGCAUUGAAAGAGUUUGGGUGCAGGAUUUAAAUUUCAUCGAUCAGUGCACCACUUUCUUCUUCCGAAAUAUCGAAUUGGACUCUUGCGACAGUCGCAGGACUUUUGUCUGCGAAAUUGAUCCCAAAGUAAUGAUCGACCCUCUGUCUUGGCGAGCUGAUAUCGUGACAAUCAGCAUGAUAGCUGGCCUGUGUCUUUUGUUCCUUUUGUUGGUGCUCGUGCUGAUCUGUUGGUACUCAAAGUCUCGCGUGCGUCACGUGCAGCGCCUGCAGCGUCGCAAUAGUAUCCGGCAGAGUCUGCGAAGUCUCAAUAGUAUCGAUCCCCAGGGCUCUAUGAGGCGUCGUAACAUGCACAUGUCACGCUCUAAUGAUAUUCUGAGCACAACCACAGGCACGGAUUACAAGAAAAUGCCCUCAAAUGGUUCCAUUGACUCCAUUGAGAAAAGUGCCCUGAGCUCAGAGACCAGCUACGAUAUGUACGACCAACAGAAUGGUGCUUCCAGUGAAUAUUCGGCAAGAAAGGGGCCCAAUAGCUACGGCAACGACUUCCUGGCCAACAAGUAUGGUGAAUACGCAAACCAAAAAGCUCAACGCAACGAAAUACCCAAGACACCCAAAGUUUAUGGACUGCCUCAGUAUGAGCCACAGGGAUUUGAAUUGGCGUACAGAAAUGAAGGUUUUAGAGAUAAUUCAACCUUUUCUGGCACACGACAAAAUUCAAUAAGCACAACAAUCAACGAAGACACCCCAAUCAUCCAACAAGUUGAUCCGGAUGAAGCAGGAUCUGACUACUACGGCAAUUCCAGUACACUUCCUUUGCGACAUAGAGAUGAAAAUCUGAGCUUCCUCAGUGAACUGAAAACUCGUCUGCCAGACUACGAGCCUCUACCACGGCAGAGUCCUAGCCAUUCGAGUUUUCUGCCCUCACCUCCCUCUCCACCCACACAAAGUCAGAAGACUUUUGCACCAGCUGCUAGUGAUGGCUACCAUCGGCCUCAGAUCAGACGGCCGGACUUCACAGUACCUCCGCCAGAGAUCAAGCGCCCUGAGUCAUACUACACAGCCAUGAGGACUGCCAGAGACUCACAGGUUCCUCCUCAGGCACUUCCCACAAAUCGCCCCCGGACAGUUUACGAACCGUCCGGAGACGAGAGAGUACCCUCCAAGACGUACUCUCGAUCGAAGUCAGAAGCCCUCCUUGAAACAAAUUUCGAUGAGGAAUCUACGAGUCCGACUCUCAAGCCCGACAAUCGGAGCUACAGCCAACCACUUGAGACUGCAAUGUAACUUUUAGGCAUCCCUUAAAAUCCGCCCCCCAUGGCAAAAAAAAGCCUUAAAAAAGCGCCUUAGACGUUUUAUUCUAGUUUCUUAGAAAGACAGCGUAUUCUUUUUUUGUAAAGAAAUUAGUUAGACAUUAUUUCAAAGUGUAUUUUAAUUAAGAUAAUCUGACGAAAAAUUCCAACCUAAAGACAUUAAUUGUUUUUUUCUUAAAAGAGUAUUUCGUAGCGUUAGAUAUUUUUUAAAGAAUAUAUAUAAACUAGAAAAAUAUCUCGACUUUUUGUACAUAUUGAACAAAUUAAGUGUUGAGAGCGCGAUAAUUUGUGAUGAAAUAAAACGGAAGGUAGUUAUCGAUAAAUAAAUGGAAGGUCUUUAUAGUGAAAGACACACAAAGAAUUUUUUAUAUAAGAUUGUCAAAUAAAAAUGUUGAAUAACAGAGAAA